GGCAGUGAGGAUUUUCAGCCUAGACGUAACAAUCUGGCGACCGAGAGGACAGUGCAAGAUCGAACCUACCGCAAAGUGGAGCGCGCAGAUUCGUCCCGUAAAAUAAUAGUGCGUGAUUGGUGCAGCCGCUGCAAGUCAUAGUGCCUGAAAUCUACCGUGGCCAGAAUUAUCGAACAGAGGCAAAUUUGACUGGUCAAAGGGCUGGAAAAUGUUUCGUCGGACGUUUACGGUGUCGUAUUCCCCCUUUCGGAACAACUACGUAACACUUCCGGACAACUACCAUCGGAUGCUGUCCAGCUACAAAAACGGCUGUUUGAGCAUCACGCACGGUAUCGAUAGCUUCUUCAUGUCGUGGUCGCCAUUCGGAGGCGGCGGGUAUCAGGAUAAUCGCAUCGGAAUCAAUGCACAGGUAGCCACCGCCAUGGGACUGAAGGAGGGUGACGCCGUUAUGGUGGCCAUGAUCAUAGAGGCGCGAUCGCUGAAGACAGUGGAGGUGACGGCGGCCAGCGAAAAGGAUUGGGAUAUGUUGCAAGUGAGCAGUAGUCGCAUUCAAUCGAUUCUAUUGGACCAGACGAGGAUAGUGACCAAAGGACAAAAUCUGAUCGUGUGGGUAAACGAUUCAAUUAGCAUCAAGAUCAAAAUCAAAUUUACCAUACCUCCUCUUCCAUACGGUCGACUGGAAAACGACACCGAACUAGUUGUAGAGCCGUACAAAAAACCCAUGCUCAAAAAAGAGGCACAAACCGUGCCGAGUGCCUUAACGCGCAGCAAUACAAACUUGAACAUAGCAGAACUUGUUCGAAUGCGAAAUCAGCAGCGAAGCAAACCGAACGGCAUCGAGAAUGGGGACACACUGAUAAGUUCCGUCGGUUUGGUCAGCUCAUCAUCAUCGCCUGUCUCCAUAGCAGAUUCAAUCAAAAAGCGACCAAUCACGUGGCACAAAAACAAUGGUCUGGAAAACGGUAAGGAGAACCACCCGAAAGAGAGCACAGACAAACCCAAAGAAAACGGCAUUCUGAAGCGAAGUUCUACUCAUGGUAACGGAGUCUUAUCCAACGCUCAAACAGCCGUCCGAAACUCACUGUUUGAAAGCGAUCUCGACAGGCAUUUGAGCAAACUCCAAACCAGCAAAACUAUUGCAAACAUCAUAACCGAACGGCCUAUUAUCGCAGAUGAACCGCCAAAACCCCUAGCAUCAGCCCAGUUCAAAAACAAAUCGCAGUAUCUGGAUGACCUGGUUGCCACCCUCACCCGAGAAGUCCCAAAAAGCUACGAAUUCCGCGUGAUCCGAGGUGUGUGGAACUGCCGGCGAAACAAUUCGCAAAUAUGCGACAUUUACAUCACCAAGGAGAACAUCCCCGCCGGAAUGGACAUCCAUCUGCCGUUUCUCCUGUCCACAAAUGACGAUCGGGAGUACUUUGUCAACGUGCGGCUCACUUCCGAUGCGGAGCGUUUCCCUAGUAACGCUUAUCCCACCGUCGAAGUCAAUGACAAGCUGAUGGAACAGUUGGAGAUCCACCACGGGGAAAAGAUCACUUUGCGGGCGAAACAGAACGCCCUAAACAUUGUGGACAUGAUCGAGUUGGUUCCGGCCACCAAGGUGGCGUCCAAGAUCGAGAGCGAUAUCGUGGAGAAGUUCAAGGAGUUCAUUUUGUUCAACUCGAAAGUGCAUCCGGUGUUGUUGAAUCAGGGUCAGGUAUUCCGACUUCCGGAGUACUAUCUGACGGUGAAGCUGCAACCGGGCAAUUUGAAGUAUUGUCUGGUGAAUGCGGUAAUUUUGAGGCAGAGCAAAAUUAUGUGCUCGGGAGAAGUGAAAAAUUUGAACGGAGUGGUUCCUAGUGAGGACGAUGAGAAGAAGAAGUGUUUGGGAGUGGGAGUGGAAGAUCAGAAAGUGGUGAAGAUAGGGAAGUUCCAGAAGAUCGUGGAUGAUUGUGUGGAUCAGUUGAAGUUGAAGCUGUGCCUUGAUGAGAGGAGCGCUGUGAGGAAGAGCUACAAUGUGAUCGUGGCGGGAUCCAACCAGAGUGGUAAAAGAACCAUCGUCCAAACGGUACUACGUCGCCUAGCCGAAGCACCUUAUCACUGUUUCACGACCACGUUCCAAUGCUCGAAACACAAAGGGCGCAAACCGGACUCAAUACUGAAGGAUCUUCGCCACGCAUUUUACAUGUGCAUGUUUCACAGCCCGGCAGUCUUGUACUUGGAAGGGCUGGACGUCCUGACGCACAAUCCCGGUGAUCAGAACACCCAGGAUGCCGAGUAUCAUAAUAAAGUUUCGGACGUGAUACGCAAGCAGAUCGAGGAGUUCACCAGCACCAACCCGAUCUCGGUGAUCGCUUCCAUCAGCAGCGUUGCCAACCUUAACCAGAGGCUUUACUCCUCGCGGGGAUCUCACCUGUUCCAUGACCUCCAGAAGGUACCAAACCUCGACAAGACUGAUAGAGAAAUUGUGAUCAAAAGUUUGUUCGUUAACAAACGCUGCAAGCUGGAGAAGAAGAUCAACUGGAAGAAGCUGGCCAACUCGACCGAAGGCUACUCGGUUGGGAGCCUGGUGCAGAUGGUUGAUCGAGCGGUAUUUUACGCGUUCAAGAAAAAUUCCAAAUCCCCACUGGUGACGGAUGGAAUGAUCGGUAGUGCCUUGGAUGUUACCAACGAAUAUUGCCUGCAAGGAAUCGAAAGUCACAAGCGCUCGGAUGAGCCGGAUGAUGACGAUGACGUUCCGGGGGAUAAAGUUCCAGGCUUGGAAACCGCCAUCGAUGUUUUCCAGGAGGUGUUAAUGUGGCCGACUAAAUUCCCGAAGAUCUUCGAGUGUUCACCGCUGCGCAAUCAGGCAGGCAUUUUGCUGUUCGGUCCUCCGGGAACGGGCAAGACUUAUUUAGUUUCUAAGCUGGCGAAAACGUGGAACCUCCGGAUGAUAUCGGUAAAGGGUCCGGAGUUGUUGGCAAAGUACAUCGGUCAGAGUGAGGAAAAUGUGCGGAAUUUGUUCGAUCGAGCACGCAGUGCCAAACCUUGUGUUCUAUUCUUCGAUGAAUUCGACAGCUUAGCGCCCCGAAGAGGACAUGACUCCACCGGGGUUACAGAUCGUGUGGUGAAUCAGUUACUCACGGAACUGGAUGGCGUUGAAGGUCUUCAAGGGGUGACUGUGAUCGGAGCUACAUCCAGGCCUGAACUUCUGGAUCCAGCGCUGUUGCGAUCGGGCCGAAUUGAUCGUUUAGUGGAGUGUAGUCUACCGGAUGAGAAAUCGCGUCUGGCGAUCUUCAAGAACCAAAGUAGCUCAUUGGAUCUGGCUGCUGACGUGCAACUACCACAUUUUGCCAAGAAAGCCAACAGCUAUACCGGGGCAGAUAUUCAAUCCAUUCUGACGACCGCCAACAUGCUAGCCGUUCAGGAGUGUCUCACCAGUGCCGAGGAUGAUGAGCAUGUUCCGGAGAAGAUAACGAUUAACCAGCGACACCUACUGGAGGCAUUCGCAAGCACCCGUCCCUCGCUAAGCCCGCAGGAUGUGCAAAAGUACAAGGACACAUAUGCACGAUUCACGAACAAAGAGCCGCCUUCGAGGGAUUUCGUUGCGAAACGGGCCACCUUGGCUUAGGAAAGGCUUCGAUGUAAUUUGCUCAGCGGGUCUGGGGUGAAUUCAAACGAUCCUUUGUUGGGUUUAAGGUGUGUUAACGCAUUCGUCUUGAAUUUUAGGGGUUUCGGGAACUAAGUGGUGGUUUUUAUAAAAGACAUGAAAUUAUUUCUACAA